UACAAUCGUAUCGCGGUAUUUCGCGGUUGUGACAGUUUUCCUAACCUGAAUAGUUGUCAACUAAUAAUUUAAUGAUUAAUGCUUGAUAUUUCGGUUUACGAAACAAAGCGACACAUUUUUCUUAUUAAAUCUUUAUUUUUACGCGAAAACACCAUUGAUUCAGUAUAUUUUUAUCAAAAUUUAAGAUUGACGAAGUCUUAACAUUUACCAAAGAAAAUGGAACGCACUGAAGAAGAUUGGUCUGUAGAGUGUUCAGAUGAUGAGAAAUAUGAAAUAGAUGAAAAGCAUAAAUGGAAUAUAAAGGCUGAGGAGAUGCUCUCAUUAAUUGAAGGUUUGGAAGUAAAUAAUUGCAUUCUAGAACUUGAAUGGAAGUGUCCUGGCAGACGAGGGCCUUCCCCUGUUCCUUCAAACAAUCUACAACAGGAGCUCGAAUCUCCAGAAUAUAAAACUGAAGAAAAAUCUGACUUUGAUUUUAUGGAUGAAAUGUCAUUACCAAGAUUACCUGUUCGGAGAAUUGGCGAAAGUACCCCAAAAGGUAGUGCCAAGAAAAAAAUUGCUAGCUUUAAUGGGGUAAUAUCUACAAUGUUAAGACAUCGUAGAUUGGAGCAACAAGAAAUAAAUUCAAGUCCAAAAAAAGGUGAAUCUCCUAUGUUAAAGCCACCUACUUAAAGAUGAAUUAUUUAAAAUUGAAAUAAUUCAAUAAAAAAUUUUUUUUAAACCACAAAAAGGACAUCCCUUGAAAGUUUAUUCUGGGAUUAUUU